UGUACGCUCUUACGAUAUGAUAGGGAGAAAGUAUCAACUCCACUCUCUUUUCUCUAGAGACUUCUUCUCCUCUUAGAUCCAUCGAUUUGGAUUUUUUUCUUUAUUGUGAUUGAAUCUCUGAGUUGUGAUUGUGUAAAUGGAGGAUCCGAAUCGGAAGAUUUGGAUAAUGCAGUGUUUGUUGCUGUUGUCGAUCGCGUGCUUUGUUGUUCAGCUCUACGCUUCGGACGAUGUGAAAUUCUACGAGCCGUUCGAUGAGAAAUUCGACGGGAGAUGGAUUGUGUCUGAGAAGUCGGAUUAUACAGGUGUGUGGAAACAUGAGAAGAGUGAAGGACAUGAUGACCACGGACUUCUUGUUAGUGAGAAAGCCCGCAAAUAUGCCAUCGUUAAGGAACUUGAUGAGCCUGUGAAACUCAAGGAUGGAACUAUUGUCCUUCAGUAUGAGGUCCGCCUCCAAAAUGGGCUCGAAUGUGGUGGUGCUUAUAUCAAGUACCUCCGUCCCCAGGAUGCUGGAUGGGCCCCAAAGGAAUUUGAUAAUGAGUCGCCUUACACAAUAAUGUUUGGUCCUGAUAAAUGUGGAGUCACCAACAAGGUUCACUUCAUUCUGAAGCAUGAAAACCCCAAGACUGGAAAGUUUAUUGAACACCAUCUGAAGUUCCCACCAUCAGUUCCGUUGGACAAGUUGACCCAUGUUUAUACUGCCAUCUUGAAACCAGACAACGAGUUGAGGAUCUUGGUUGACGGGGAAGAGAAAAAGAAGGCUAACUUCCUUGGAGUUGAUGACUUUGAUCCUCCACUCAUCCCCCCUAAGACUAUCCCCGAUCCAGAUGAUAAGAAACCUGAGGAUUGGGAUGAGAGGGCAAAAAUUCCAGAUCCAGCUGCGAAAAAACCUGAUGACUGGGAUGAGGAUGCUCCAAUGGAAAUUGAAGAUGAAGAUGCUGUGAAGCCUGAAGGUUGGUUGGAUGAUGAGCCAGAGGAGAUUGAUGAUCCUGAGGCAACAAAACCAGAGGACUGGGAUGAUGAAGAGGAUGGUGAAUGGGAGGCACCGAAAAUAGAUAACCCCAAAUGCCAAGAGGCUCCUGGAUGUGGGGAGUGGAAGAGACCAACGAAGAGGAAUCCUGCUUACAAGGGAAAAUGGCAGCCUCCGCUCAUUGAUAACCCCAACUACAAGGGUAUUUGGAAGCCACAGGAGAUUCCAAAUCCAGAGUACUUUGAACUCGACAGACCAAACAUUGAGCCCAUUGCAGCUCUUGGCAUUGAAAUCUGGACAAUGCAAGAUGGCAUACUGUUUGACAAUAUUUUGAUAGCUUCCAGUGAGAAAGUUGCUGAAUCCUACCGCCAAACUGCAUGGAAGCCAAAAUUUGAGGUAGAGAAAGAGAAACAAAAGGAGGAAGAAGCAAAGGAAUCUGAUGGGCUUAAGGGCGUCCAGAAAGUGGUGUUUGACUACCUUUACAAAGUAGCAGAUCUCCCAUUCUUGGGCGAGCACAAAGCCAAAGUGUUGGACUUGAUUGAAAAGGCUGAGAAACAACCAAACCUCACAAUUGGAAUCCUUGUCUCUGUUGUAGUAGUUAUCUUCUCCAUCUUCUUUAAGCUCAUCUUUGGUGGAAAGAAGCCUGCUGCCGUAACUGCAGCGACCAAGAAACCAGAUGUUGCUGAGACUUCAAACCAGGGAAGCACUGAGGAGAAGGAAGAGCAGAACGAAGAUGCAGCUGCUGCUCCUCGCCGAAGGAACACAAGGCGGGACAAUUGAAGGAAAAACCACGACAGAAAAUCAUUAGGCUGCUUAGCCACGAAAAUUAGGAAAUGAGGGAAAAAUUGCUCUUCAAACCAGACUCAGACCGUUUGGUUCUUUUUUUGGGAGUUGUAUCCAAGUUGAAUUUUUCACUUUAUAAUCAUCAGGUCCGCAGCUUUUUCCUGAAUUAGGUUUGUAUGACAAUGUUAACGUGACCAUCAAUUGAAAUGUGGUAUUUUUCAUACAUUUAAA